CACAAAAAUGAGGAAAUGAUAAUAAUAAUAAUAAUAAUAAUAAUAAUGACAGGUAUUAAAGACUCAACUGAACAAGCCUACCUGAUGGUGGUGAUUAUUGCUGCACCCACAUCCACUGCACCUGCCACUGCCAUGCCCGUCCCCAAAUUACAGCAAUUACGCUAGAUUAGUUACCACAACUCACUAAACUGGUUCGCCUGAAUUUUUGCGCCCGACUAGGACUGAGAAACUGUGUCUGGUUUGUUUUAUACAUCUGACUGUAACAUCCCAAAUCAACUCUGAUUAUCUCAAAUGUUGGCUUUCUUGCAAAAGCAUCACAUCACACUCAAGAUACCAGAUACUGAUAUACUCUGCAGCCGUUAAAAUUCACAACUGGUUUCUUCGCGCCUCACUGUGGGGCCAGGAAAUUACUUUUGAAACACUUUUCAAACACUGCUGAAAUGCAGGUGUGUCAGUGACGUGAUGGACAUAAUUACUAUUAUCUAUUUUAGAUAUUCACAAAUCUGGUUUACCUUGACACGGUAGGUAGCGAAACACUGUGAAUAAGCAGUGCAGCUAGGCUGGAGAACAUUAAACAUCCUGGACUGACAAGGACCAAGGCUGUUGAGGUUUGCGGUGAAGCAAAGACAGGUGCUGUAAAGGGACACUGCACAAAGAAUGACAAAGAUGAGUAAGCCGAAGUGGUGGCGUUUCACAUUCAGGCCGGUGUCUAGUGCCCCACGUGCAUUUACCAUUUUGAUGGCUGCCAUCACUUUGUUACUUUACAUGAUCUUCAGGACUCGGCAAUGUGAUACGCAAGAGCUUAAGAAAGAAAAGCAUCCAGAUCCACAAUUAUACCACGUGGCUUAUCCCAAUAAAUACCAGUUCAUCCUGGACCAACCAGACAAGUGCCAUCACAACCCUUUUUUGGUGAUCAUCGUUCCAGUGGCCCCCAAUGAUGUGCUGGAACGGAACGCCAUAAGGAAUACAUGGGGGUACGAGAAGCUGGUUCAAGAAAAACAUGUUGUGGUCCUGUUCCUGCUGGGCUUACCGAGUGGGAAAAAUGCAGAAAUGCAACAGGCACGUAUACACCAGGAGAACGUGCGGCACCGGGACCUGCUUCAGAGCAACUUCAUAGAUUCCAUAAGGAAUGCGACUGUUAAAACCAUGGUCAUGUUCGAAUGGCUGAGAGAUCGCUGUCCCCAGGCAUAUUAUGCUGCGAAAGUGGACCCUGACAUUCUGUUUAAUGUCAGAGGUCUGAUAAGUAUGUUGCUUAGCCCCCACACUCCUCAGAGGAACUACCUCGUUGGCCAGGUGCGGCAGAACAAUUCUGCAAUAAGAAACCCAGCGAGCAGGCUUUACAUCCCUCCUGAGGUGUAUUCCAAGUCAGUACAUCCAGCAUACCCUUUGGGAAAGUGCUACAUAAUGUCUAAGGACCUACCAGCAAAGAUUCUGACCGCAUCAAAGGAAAUUAAGCCUAUUAUAAAAGAUGAUCUGUAUAUUGGCUUAUGCCUUGAAUGGCUCCGUAUUACUCCCAUGAAUCCUCCAAACCCUGAUCAGUUUGUGUUCAUCCCACCUCUACUGUACGACAGGUGCUACUAUUCCAGCCUCAUUGCUGUGAUUAUAUACACUCCUGCUCAGCUGGUUUCCUUAUGGACAGAUAUUCACAAACCGGGCCCCGCCUGUUUACCCUUUAAUUAAGGGCUUAUUGCUUAAACAAGCUUAACAGGUUUAAAGACAAAGUCAAGAUACAUUGAAAACAAAAAGGGAAAACCUUAGGAAACAUAACAGCAUAGUUUCCACAGACAUCCAUUGCCAGUGUUUGCAACUAAGACUAUGGCUUACUUUAAUAUUUUAUACUGCAUACUUCAGUUCAUUGGUCCAAAUCACGCUCCGAAAUGUCAGAUCUCUCUAGUCUCCUAGAAUACCGAUAAUACAAUUAGACAGGGCAGAACAAAAACAUGAUAAUCCCAAAACCUGCCAUGAAGAGAACCAAGUACGUUCUGAUUAUGUUAACUAUAUUAUACAUAAAUUCCCAGUUACUUUUGUAUCUUUUCCACCACUGAUGGGGUGUGUUUGUUCUUUGCAAUUCUGUUAUUUUUUAAAUAUGGAUUGAAGUAUUAAAGCAUUUGGGGUGCACUUUAAAGAUUGAAAUAAAUGGUUGUACUGAUCAAUUGUUACCAAGUAACCCAUCAUAUGCUUACUGACUGUUAUCUGUCUUUGACUGUCGACCGGAUAAAUCAAAAUAACAACAGCAAUGUAUUUGGCGCAAGCAAAUGAAAACUACACAUCAACGAUAAGAUAUUAUAUUAACUGCCUUACAACAGGGAUUAUAGAUAUCCAAAAUGUGACUGAGGAGAAUAUAUGCCUGGUCCACAUCUUGGGUCUUCGGGUGGGUUGGUAAAUGGAUACCAUGAAAUACCAUGGUAUACCAUGAAAAGGGAAUGUCAAAUAGUAAUGCUGUUAAUAUUCUUAAUCACCAUUUUUAAUGUAAUUUAAUAAGCUUACAAACAGAACUUUUUUUUUUUUUUUUUUAAAUCAUGAAUGUAUAUAAAAAGGUAUGAGGUUAAUUGGCUUCUAGGGUCCACUGACAUCGGACACUACCAGUACAAGUAUCCCUGACCCCAUCAACGUAACCAUUUCAUAUGUGCUAGUACUUGGCUGUGUAACACAAUGUUUGUAGGUGUGGCACAACACAAAAGUGCUUGACCUAUUGUCGGGUGAUCACAAGUUCAAAUCUUGGCAAUGCCACAGCCUACCAUGGAUGGGAGUCCAAGAGGGUAAUUCAGGCUGUGCUCUCAAGCUGGCCGGGACGGUGUUACUCCCUCAUCUGUCAAUCAGAGUGGCACUAGCCAAUCGUGGACAUCUGUACGCUGAAGAGGCAUACGCUGGCCUUUAGCCUCCCUUGGUUGGUAUCUGUUGUGUAAUGGGGAGAGUUAGCUAUUAGGUCAGAAUGCGUAAAUGAUCAUAUUGAGAGUCUAUAUAUAUAAAAAAAUGUAUUAAAUAAAAGUAUUAUAACAUUUGUAAGAUAUAGGAAUGAUAAAAUGUCUCUAAAAUGGAAUAAAAUAGAGUAGUAAAACGAAUCAAUGUGUUAUUAUUAUUCAGUGUACAUAUGUGCAUGUUCUGUUUCAUUUGUCGGUCUGACCUCCUGUUUAAUUCUCAGUCUCUCGGCAUAAACAAGAGCAUUCUCCAUAAUCACGUUUGGCAAAAUUAAUAGUGUCUGCCAUGUCAUGUAAAAAGUGGCUAAGCUGUUAACUAGUUAGCUCAACUUCACUGAAGAAGGUAGUGACAAUUAAAUAAAACUUCAGGGCAAGUGAGGAUCAUCCACCAGGGGUCAGCUUAAACCUACAUUUGUUUCUCUGUUAACGCUGAAGGUUCUGGGUGUAAUGAGCAGGACGAAGGAACAUUACGCUUCUGCCACAAGCUGCACGACUUAACAAUAAAGACAUGAAGUGUUUCCUGGUACACAGACAAAACCAGAACCUACUUCUUUGGAUGGAUGUGUGUGCGCACAUGCAUAUGUAUGCAUGCGCAUUACCUGUUGGGUUUAUUAUCAGAUCUACAGGGAAGGGAAACUUAUUCCUACCAGCUCACCAUCAUGCAAAAAACCAACAAAACAAAAUGUUCCACACAUUCAAAGACAAAUAAUAAUGCUCACCAAGUCUGUAAUCGAAUAUAUA